CAAAAUAACAAAAUGGAUGAAUACAAACAUACCGUGAUUAACCAACAUUUUCAUAAUUGUACUUUCCCUGGAAAUGUAAAUCAAUUGGGCGAAAGAACUCAAAUGCCACGAAAUGAUAUUGAUGAUGAUGCUGUACAAAACCGAAUAUGUAAUAUCUGCAACAAAUUAUUUGCGUCCAAACAAAACAGGGAUAACCAUGCCCGGAAAUAUCACAAUGUGAAUAAUUCUUCAUCAUCCACGUCAUCGAGGGCGUCCGCAAAAUCGCAAAGACAAGAACGAUGCAACAGAAGAAAUCAACCAGAAGAUAGUACCUCUCAUGUACAGUUUACAAGAUUGCAAGAAGAAAGUAUUGCCAUUACCGUGAAGGAAGAACCAGACUGUCACAUCGAGACUAUUGAUAUAGGUUAUUUGGCUCCGGUUUUCAGGGCUUCAAAUCUGCCGUCAAUUCGUACAAACAACGAACAAAGAAUACCAUUUUUCCAACAAGUGAGACGUUUAUUCCAUUGAAUGAACACAAAAAACGCUA